CUUUUGGCAAUAUAAGCGUAUGUUGGUUUAUGCCAGUUAAAGUUCCAUCUCUUCACUUUCUUAUGAACAAAAGAUUCAGAAUGUUUGGAGGAUAUAGGUUUAUCAGUGUGAAACAGACAUAAUGUGUUGUUAAAAUAUAGGCUGUAAACAGGUGUUGUAUGAAGUGAGCAGAACCUGAACCUGACUUUGUAAUGUUCGGGGGAAACUGAGGAAAACUAAUAUGGAGCGAUCCUGUGAUAGCCAUAAAGAGUAAAGGAAUACAGCCCCCAAGACUGACACUGGCGAGGUUGCCAUCUGCUGGUAAAUUACCGUUAUUCUCAACUGUUACAACACCUAUUCACUGAAUAAUAAAAGGUAGAACAUUGAGUUAACAUUGAGAUCAAAUAUGUUAACAAACUUUACUAAUAUUCAGAGAUGGAGACUCCUGAUCUGGACACAGAUAAUGUUUCCCAACCAUCAAACAACUGUAAACUCCAGGGAGAGAGAUCAGAAUCACCAGCACCCAGCUGUAUCUCCAUGAAGAGUGAUGAGUCUAUGGAUAAACCUCUGAAUUUCAUAGUUGGAGACUCUUCACUUCUACACAGUAAACUCCAGGGAGAGAGAUCAGAAUCAGCAGCACCCAGCUGUAUCUCCAUGAAGAGUGAUGAGUCUAUCAUUCAUCCUCCACUUUUUAAAGAUGGAGACCCCUCACUUCCACACAGUAAACUCCAGGGAGAGAGAUCAGAAUCACCAGCACCCAGCUGUAUCUCCAUGAACAGUGAUGAGUCUAUCAUUCAUCCUCCACUUUUUAAAGAUGGAGACUCCUCACUUCUACACAGUGUUCUACAGAAGGCAGGAGACAGAACAGAAAUGAAGAUCACAGAUACAGGGAACCACCCAGAAUCUGCUGCUGUAAAUGAAUUCCAGAAAAAGUUCAGAUUAAAUCUGAUGAAGAAGUUUCAGUGUUUGAAUGGAGUGAUAAUAAACCUGGGAACCCAAACACUCCUGAAUGAGAUCUACACAGAGCUCUACAUCACAGAGGGAGACAGUGGAGAAGUCAAUAAUGAACAUGAGGUGAGACAGAUGGAGGCAGCGUCCAGGAGAACAACAACAGAGGAAACACCAAUCAAAUGCAAUGACAUCUUUAAGCCUUUAUCUGAACAAGACAAACCCAUCAGAACUGUGCUGACAAAGGGAGUCGCUGGCAUCGGAAAAACAGUCUCUGUGCAGAAGUUCAUUCUGGACUGGGCUGAAGGGAAAGCAAAUCAGGACGUCCACCUCAUAUUUCCACUUCCUUUCAGAGAGCUGAAUUUGAUGAAGGACCAGAAACUGAGUCUGAUGGAGCUCCUUCAUGUCUGUUUUAAGGAAACAAAAGAAACAGAAAUGUCCAGUUUGGAAAAGGUUCUGUUCAUUUUUGACGGAUUGGACGAGUGUCGUUUUCCUCUAGAUUUCCAGAACACAGUGAGAGUGUGUGAUGUAACUGAAUCAGCGUCAGUGCAGGAGCUGCUGAUAAACCUGAUCAAAGGGAAUCUGCUUCCCUCUGCUCUCAUCUGGAUCACCUCCCGACCAGCAGCAGCUGAUCAAAUCCCCUCUGAGUGUGUGCAUCGAGUCACAGAGGUACGAGGGUUCAAUGACCCACAGAAGGAGGAGUACUUCAGGAAGAGAAUCAGUGACCAGAGCCUGGCCAAUAACAUCAUCACACACCUGAAGUCAUUAAGAAGUCUCUACAUCAUGUGCCACAUCCCAGUCUUCUGCUGGAUUUCAGCCACUGUUCUAGAGAGAAUGUUGGGUGAAGCAGAGAGUGGAGAGAUCCCCAAGACUCUGACUCAAAUGUACACACACUUCCUCAUCAUUCAGACAAACAUCAUAAGAGAAAAAUAUUCCAAGAAGCAGGAGAGUGAUGAAGAAAUGCUUCUUAAACUGGGACAACUGGCUUUUCAGCAGCUGAAGAAAGGGAACCUGAUCUUCUAUGAGGAAGACCUGAGAGAGUGUGGCAUUGAUGUGAGAGAAGCAGCAGUGUACUCAGGUGUGUGUACACAGAUCUUCAGAGAGGAGUUUGGGCUUCACCAGAGUAAAGUGUACUGCUUUGUUCAUCUGAGCAUUCAGGAGCAUCUGGCAGCUCUGUAUGUGCACCUGACCUUCAUGAAGGAGAAGAGAAAUGUCCUUAUAACGAAUCAGGUCUCUGAGCAGAAGAUAGAAAAAAUUACAAUCUCAGAUGUACACAAGAGUGCUGUAGAUCAGACUUUAGAAUGUCAGACUGGACAUCUGGAUCUUUUUCUUCGCUUUCUUCUGGGUCUCUCACUGGAGUCCAAUCAGAAACUCUUACAUGCUUUAGUAACACAGACAGGAAGUAGCUCCCAGACCAUAGAGGAAACAGUUCAUUACAUUAAGGAGAAGAUCAGUAGAUAUCUUCCUACAGAGAAAUCCAUCAAUCUGUUCCACUGUCUGAAUGAACUGGGUGAUGAUUCUCUAGUGGAGGAAAUACAACACUACCUGAAAUCUGGAAAACAAAGUGACCUCUCUUCUUCACAGUGGUCUGCUCUGGUGUUUGUGUUACUGACCUCAGCACAGGAGCUGGAAGAAUUUGACCUGAGUAAAUAUUUCAGUACAGAUAAGAUAACAGAAACUGUUGUUCUGAAGAUGAUGCCUGUGAUUGCAGCAUCCAGAAAAGCAAUUAUAAGGUGUGAAUCACUUAGAGCAAAAAGUUGGUCAGCUCUGGCCUCAACAUUCAGAUCAGAAACUUCCAAACUAAGAGAACUGCAUCUGACUGUGAAAACACUGAAUCUGACUAGAAAUAAUCUAGGAGACUCAGGAGUGCAGAGUCUCUCUGUUGGACUGGAGAAUCAUCACUAUAAAGUGGAAACACUGAGGUUGCAUAAGUGUGGUGUCUCAGAUGAAGGUUGUGCUGCUCUGACUUCAGCUUUGAAAUCAAACCCCUCACACCUGAGAGAAUUAGAUCUGUCUGAAAAUAAUCUAGGAGAUUCAGGAGUAAGGUGUCUUUCUGCUUUAUUGGAGAAUCCACACUGUAAACUGGAGACACUAAGGUUGCGUGAUUGUGGUGUUUCAGAUGAAGGCUGUGGUGCUCUGACUUCAGCUCUGAGAUCAAACCCCUCACACCUGAGAGAACUGGAUCUGUCCUGUAAUAAUCUAGGAGACUCAGGAGUUAAGGGUCUCUCUGCUGUACUGGAGAAUCCUCACUGUCAACUGGAGACUCUGAGGUUGCAGUGUUGUGGUGUUUCAGAUGAAGGCUGUGCUGCUUUGACUUCAGCUCUGAGAUCAAACCCCUCACACCUGAGAGAAAUGGAUCUGUCCUAUAAUAAUCUGGGAGUCUCAGGAAAAAAGUUGCUCUCUGAUCUUAAGGAUGAUGAACAUUACAGGCUACAGACACUGAGGCUCUAAUGAAUAUAUCUGUGUGUGUGUGAUGAAGACUCUGGUGUUCCUGCAUUAUAAUAAUAGAGAAAAGAGAACAUGUUUAUAAAUGCAACACUCAUUUAGUUAAAACACAUUAGACAGACUUAGAGAUGUGAGAUGUGUGUUUAUAGUACACAGUUGCACAGGGUGUAAAAAUGAGCUGGAUAAAAUUCCCCAGACUUCAUCCCAAAAAAAUGAGGGAUUAUUUGGAAAAGCAGGUAAAAAAAAAAAAAACUAAGCUAAAUGUAGAAAAGAAAUAAAGUGUAGAAAAGAAAUACAAUGGACAGGAACAGUAUCAGGAUAUUGGUGAAAUUCUGACCUGAUGGAAUUGGAGUUCAUCUGAGGAGUUUCUCUGAUGAAGCCCAUAGGAGACUUACUACAUUUAUCAUGUAGUCCUUUGGGUAAUUAAUGUCCCAGUGGUAUAUUAAGUGCUGUGGACCCAGUGGUCCCACAGACCCAGUGGUCAGCACUCUUGGAAAUUGCUAAUCAAAUGAAUGGACCAGAACUAACUGUAGUAUAAUGUAAUUUCAGUGGUUUGUGAUUUUACUGUGUCUGUGUGAUUUAUUAUUUGUUUAUUAUAAUAAUAGUAUUUACACUUGCAUAGUUAUAGCCAUUUUGCUGGAUACAUAACUAAAAUUAUAUUGUAUUUAGGUACUUAAAAUAUC